AUGAUUGCGUACUCCUUGUCCCAAAGUGACUGGCACAUCGAGCAGGACCCAAACGUGGACUACGAGAUGCUGCUCAGAGGAUUACGAGCCUGUGCUGAACGUGCCUCGAAGCCGCACACGACAAACUUGGAUCGAAUUUUGAAGGCCACCAAGGAAUUGUUGGAAAGAAGAAGGGCUUUGAGGGAUGAUCCGAAUGCAUCGCACAUUGAGCGGUUAGUAGCAGACACUAGCUGCAGAAAAGCGUUGCAGGAGGAUCUUAUGAAGUACGGGCAGAAGAAGAUUCUGGAAGCAGCGCAAAGAAGAACGAGUCUAAAGAAGUGUCGCAGGGAUCUCCGCGAAUAUAAUAUUCCGCUAGCAGCCUUGCUGAGCGAAGACGGGACUCGCAUGCCCUUUCAUCGUGAGAUGGAAAUAAUUACGGAGAGCUUCUACUCGAACCUUUUCCGUUCAUCAGCUAUCAAGAGCAUGAAACCUGUCACAGCCCCGGACCUGAUUUUAUAUUAG